CCCCGGGAUUUGGAGGAGCCACGCGCGGCCCGGGCGCCCGGAGCUGUAGCAGCCGCCGCCGCCGUCACCGCGUUCGGAGCCCCAGCGCGGGGGCCGCCACCGCGGCGGGCGGGCACCCGGGUUCCGGGCGCGCACGGGCCAUGGAGAGGGCGGCCCAGGGCGCGGACGGAGGCGGGGGCAGCAACAGCAGCAGCCGCAGCAGCAGCCGCGCCACCUCGGCGGGCUCCUCGCCCUCCUGCUCCCUGGCGGGCCGGGGGAUCUCCGGCCGGUCGGCGGUAGCCGGGCUCGGCGGCGGGGGCAGCCGCAGCAGCCCGGGCUCGGUGGCUGCUAGCCCGUCCGGGGGAGACGGCCGCCGGAGGGAGCCGGCGCUCGAGGGCGUGCUCAGCAAGUACACCAACCUCCUCCAGGGCUGGCAGAACAGGUACUUUGUGCUGGACUUUGAGGCUGGCCUCCUGCAGUAUUUUGUGAAUGAGCAAAGCAAGCACCAGAAGCCCCGAGGAACCCUGUCUUUAUCUGGAGCCAUAGUGUCCCUGAGCGACGAAGCUCCCCACAUGCUGGUCGUGUACUCUGCCAAUGGAGAGAUGUAUAAGCUGAGAGCUGCUGAUGCAAAAGAGAAACAGCUCUGGGUGUCUCAGCUGCGCGCUUGUGCCAAAUACCACAUGGAAACGAAUUCUAAGACUACUCCAAGCUCCCGAAGCCGAAGUCUCACUUUGCUCCCCCAUGGAACACCCAAUUCUGCGUCUCCCUGUAGCCAGAGACACCUCGGUGUGGGGGCCCCCGGUGUUGUCACAGUCACGCAUCACAAGUCGCCUGCAGCUGCCCGAAGAGCCAAGAGUCAGUAUUCCGGCCAGCUCCACGAAGUCAGAGAGAUCAGAGCAGACGAAGACGACAUGAGAGCUAAAUGCAAUAAGGGAUCCUGGAUCGGAUCCUACACCAGGACAACAAAACUUCGUCAGAAAACUGGUAAAAUGCAAGCCAGGUGUGUCGGUGUGAUGAACCAGGUGGAAGGCCAGCAGAAGAACCUUGUGCACGCCAUCGAGUCUCUGCCGGGUUCCGGCCCCCUCACUGCCUUGGACCAGGAUCUUCUGCUCCUGAAAGCUACCUCCGCCGCCACCCUCAGCUGCCUUGGGGAGUGCUUCAACCUGCUGCAGCAGAGUGUGCACCAGGUGGGCCAGUCCAGCCACAAGCCAGUGGCCUCAGAAAACAUCCUGGGAUGGCCCGGGCCCAAGUCACAUUCCACAGAGCAGCUGAAAAAUGGGACAUUUGGCUCUUUGCCAUCCGCCAGUGCCAACAUAACCUGGGCAAUUUUACCCAACACUGCUGAAGAUGAACAAGCCUUACAGCCAGAGCCGAACUCAGGCCCUGAAUUGGUUUUGUCCGAAGAUGAAAAAAGUGACACUGAAGAUAAGGAAGAGGCAGAACUGGGCGUCAUGGAGGAUCAGCGCAGUGUAAUUCUUCAUCUCAUCUCGCAGCUCAAACUCGGAAUGGAUUUGACCAAGGUGGUGCUCCCCACCUUUAUUCUGGAGAAGCGAUCUUUGCUGGAGAUGUAUGCGGACUUCAUGGCACACCCAGACCUGCUGCUGGCCGUCGCUGCGGGAGCCACGCCGGAGGAGAGAGUCAUUUGCUUUGUGGAGUAUUAUCUCACCGCCUUCCACGAGGGCCGCAAGGGGGCCUUGGCCAAGAAGCCUUACAACCCCAUCAUCGGCGAGACAUUUCACUGCUCCUGGGAGGUUCCCAGGGACAGGGUCAAGCCAAAGAGGACUGCCCCCCACUCUCCUCCCAGCCAAGAACACCUGAUUGCCGAGGAGCCUGCGGAAAGCUACAAGCUACGGUUUGUGGCCGAGCAGGUAUCCCAUCACCCACCCAUCUCCUGCUUCUACUGUGAGUGCAAGGAGAAGAGACUGUGUAUCAACACUCACGUAUGGACCAAAAGCAAGUUCAUGGGCAUGUCCGUGGGGGUCUCUAUGAUAGGAGAAGGUGUGCUGCGGCUCCUGGAGCACGGGGAGGAGUACGUGUUCACCCUGCCUAGUGCCUACGCCCGCUCCAUCCUCACCAUCCCCUGGGUGGAGCUCGGAGGAAAAGUCAGCAUCAACUGUGCCAAGACCGGGUACUCGGCAACCGUGAUAUUCCACACGAAGCCUUUCUAUGGAGGGAAAGUCCACAGGGUCACGGCAGAAGUGAAGCACAACCCAACCAACACCAUUGUUUGUAAAGUCCACGGGGAAUGGAACGGCACCUUAGAGUUCACCUACAACAACGGAGAAACCAAAGUCGUGGACACGACCACGUUGCCAGUGUGCCCUAAGAAGAUCAGACCUCUGGAGAAGCAGGGGCCCAUGGAGUCCAGGAACCUCUGGCGGGAGGUGACCCGCUACCUGCGGCUGGGGGACAUCGAUGCUGCCACCGAGCAGAAGCGGCGCCUGGAGGACAAGCAGCGGAUGGAGGAGCGGAAGCGAGAGAACCUCCGCACCCCAUGGCAGCCCAAGUACUUUAUCCAGGAGGGUGAUGGCUGGGUCUACUUCAAUCCCCUGUGGAAGGCACACUGACCGGGUGGAGGUGCAGAGCCUUCAGGAAGAGCCCCGUUUUUGUAGGAAUUAAAGUGGUACAGUAUCAAGGUUCUGUUGGUAUUCACUGAGAUCGCUUGAUAUCAUUCAAGAAAUGGUACCUGAAAAAUUCUAUACUGUGAAAAAUGUACUCCAAACUCUGCUAUACGAUUAAGUUUAUUCAAGAGCCAUUUGGGGCAUGUGUGUGUACAGUUGUGAGCUCUUGGCAUACUAUAUGUUCACACACAUGCCAUUGUAUACAUGUCUGCUGAUUAUUACACAUGUAAAUACUGCACUUACCAAGAGUUAAGUGGGUAAUUAUGGGCUCCUUUUUAUCAAUGAUUGGCCUUUUCUAUUUUUCACUCUGCCAAAAAUGUUUUGCACUUACAAAAGUAUUCUCACAUAGUCAACUCCUGUCAAAAAAAAAAAGGGGGGGGGAGGGGAUUGGCAUGGCCCAACUGAUAUCCAUCUGGUAGAAAAUGGCUCGUUCCUGUCAUUUCAAAAUUAUUAUGAUUCCCACCUCUCACCCCGCGGCAUUUCACCUGUCCAUACUGCAGAAAGAUAAACGGCUAUUUUCUGCUGAAUGGGAGUGGGCAGAAAGCUAUUCCAGGUUUAUGCCAGAGCCUUUCAGGGUGGAGCACCUCUGGGAGAACCUAGAGCCAGGCCCACCUUGGAGUUUGCCUCUCAUCUACUUGCCCCAGAAACUGACAGUUUCUCCUGCUCAAAGCACUAGUCAUACAUUUUUUUAGAAGCUGCUGCUUUUACAGUAGAAAACAAGUCAUAUGGAGACUUCACUACUUUUAUGAUGAAAAAAGGGCUUUCGAAGUUAAAUAUAUGCAUGCAUAUAAUUAAACAUGCACAACCACAACCUCAAUCUUGUAUUUAGUUUUGGGGAAAAGAAUUUCCUGUGGUUUUUUUUUUUUUUUUUUUUUUCACCUCUAUUAUUUGACCCAAACUCUGCAGCAAGAAAACCACUGUGAUUAAGUGUUCCAUGGUUUCAGUUGAAUUUCAGUCCUCAACCUUUACAAACGAGGUCAAGACACAACUAGAAUAUAAAGGAAGGAAAAAUAUAACAUUUGAUUUUUGCUUACUGCUUAUUAUUUUAUUUUUUACUGUACCACUCUGAAGAAUAUUUAUAAAAUCCAGUAGCAUGAAUGCUUCUCUGUAGUAAUACUAACUUGUGCCUUUUGUCUGCUUUCUUAAGACCAAAUGUUCACACUUUGUAGAUAUUAGACAAAUAUAUUUCGAUUAAAUACUAUACCUAUC